AUGACGAAAGCACCCCAAGAUUUGCAAAUCGCCAUUCUGGGCGCUGGUAUGGGCGGUUUGACUUCCGCCCUUGCUCUGGCCCAGCAGGGAUUUAAGAAUAUUGAUGUUUAUGAAAAUGCCAGCGAUCUUGGCUUUGUCGGUGCUGGUAUUCAACUCGCGCCCAACAUGGCUCGUGUUCUCGAUGGACUUGGUGUCUGGAAAGGCAUUGAAGCCGAGGCCGUUAACAUUGAAGAUACAUCAGUGAGAGAUGGCGCAACGGACUCUGAGCAUGCGUACGUUGAUCUGCGUUACAUUGAAGCAACAUACGGAUAUAAGCACAUGGUUGGCCACCGUGCAUCCCUUGCCAACGGCUUGUAUGAAGGCUGCAAGAAGCACUCCUCAAUUAAAUUCCACUUCGGAAUCAAUGCCGACAACGUGGACUCCUUUGGCCCCCGGCCAUCCUUCACAGCUAACCCCCGAGCCGAGGGAUCUGCGCCUUACAAGGUGGAGUGUGAUGUACUUCUUGCAGCCGAUGGCAUUAAGAGUGUGACCCGUGUAGAGAUGCUGAAGCGUCUGGGCGUCGACGUUGGCGUCAAGGACACACAGCAAGCAGCCUACCGUAUCAUGAUUCACAAGGAUCAGAUCAAGGACGACCCUGAGCUCCUUGCGCUUAUCAACAGCAACCGCGUCACUCGCUGGAUUGGCGCAAAGCGUCACAUUAUCGCGUAUGCCGUUUCCAAUAACACCAUCUACAACCUCUCCACCACCCAGCCCGACACCAACUUCGCAGCCGCCACCAACGCCACCUACACCACGAAAGGCUCGAAGCCCGCGAUGAUGGGCGUUUUCUCCGAUUUCUGCCCCAUGGUCCAGCGUAUGCUGAACUACGUCCCCGAAGGCGAGGUCUGCGAGUGGAAGCUGCGUGUACACGAACCUCUUCCAACUUGGGUUCACGAUUCCGUCGCCCUUGUUGGCGAUGCAUGCCACCCGACCCUGCCUCAUCUAGCCCAGGGUGCUGCCCAGGCUAUUGAGGACGGUGCUGUUCUAGGCGUUGUUCUCUCCAAGCUCCCCGACACAACUCCCGAGUCUAUCAACAAGGCUCUUCGUGUCUACGAGAAGGUCCGCAAGAGCCGCGCUGAGGCUUUGGUGGAGAUGGCUACCGCUUCUGGUCGCGCUCUGCAUUUGGGCGAGGGUGCUGCCAAGGAAGAGCGUGACAAGCAAUUUGCUGCCCUCCGCGCUGGCAAGGGCCCUGUCCCUGAUAAGUGGGCUGAUGCCGAUGUCCAGCGGGAGAUCUACGGCUUCGAUUGUACCAAGGUUGCGGCGGAUAACUUCGAUGAAUACUUCUCACAAAUGUAA